AUGUCAAUCAAUAUCCUCAAUGACAAUGCCAUUUUCUCAACUAUUGGCUCGGGUGUGUUUGGUGAUAUCAACCUAACAAAGGGUACCUUUGCCCCUGUGAAAUCCCAAGUAAUAGGCACAAUCAAUCAACUGGGUGGCACUGUAUCAAUUACCAAUAUGAAUGGACCAAACCUCUAUGUGCAUGGCACUUUCAACUCCUCAUCUGGUUCACUGGUCGAGUUUAUCGAUCCUCUUACACCAGUGGAGUAUUCAUAUCCUUACCUAGUCCUAGAUGGUGCAUCAUCCAUUCAAUCAAAGUUGAUCGUCAGGUUUGUAAAUGCCAUUCCAGUUGCUGUAGCACCCUAUUGCCUUGUAGGAACCAUCAACAAUGAAAUCAUUGGUGGCCAGUUCUCCAAUGUUGAUUUUUCGUGGACCCAAGGUAACGUCAGUGGAGUCUCUGUGUCCACCACCCCCAUAGCUAUAUCUAUAUCGUUCAAAUAA